AUGGAGUCCAUCACCUACAUCGAAGACCCCGACUUUAUCGAGCUCAUUCGCGACACCAGUUCCCUCCAAUCCUUUCACAGCACUCCCUCCCCGACAACUCUUCCAGCAUUUAAUCCCUGGAUUUGUCGCAUAUUUCUCAAGUAUUUGGUCAUAUCCUACACAUCGCUAUGGAUUGUAUGCAUAAUUGUUGAGACACUAAUUGUUGGUUUUGCUAUGAGAAACACCGAAAUGAAUAUCACACUCAAAUUUCUAAUCAUGAUUAAAAUAGGGAUAUUUGUAAUGGAAUUACUUCUGCUAAGUGUGAACAUAUCGUUGAUCGGUCACUACAUUGGCUUCUCAGCACCGGUUGGCCAGUCGUGUCUGUAUUGUCCACCAAUGAAAAUAAUGGCGCACCUGACCAUAUUCAAUUGGAUCAUAUUUCGACUAUUGUUUAAUAUCAGGACACGGGUUCUGCUUGAGUCGGCGCUUACAGUGCUCGCCAUACAUGUUGUC